AUGGGCUGCUGUGGCUGUUCCGGGGGCUGCGGCUCCAGCUGUGGGGGCUGCGGAUCCAGCUGUGGGGGCUGCGGAUCCAGCUGUGGGGGCUGCGGAUCCAGCUGUGGGGGCUGUGGCUCCAGCUGUGGGGGCUGCGGCUCCUGCUGUGUGCCCGUCUGCUGCUGCAAGCCCGUGUGCUGCUGUGUGCCAGUCUGUUCCUGCUCCAGCUGUGGCAAAGGAGGCUGUGGCUCCUGUGGCAGCUCUAAGGGGGGCUGUGGCUCCUGUGGGGGCUGCGGCUCCUGUGGGGGCUCCAAGGGGGGCUGUGGCUCCUGCGGGGGCUGCAAGGGGGGCUGUGGCUCCUGUGGAGGCUGCGGCUCCUGUGGGGGCUGCGGCUCCUGUGGGGGCUCCAAGGGGGGCUGUGGCUCCUGCGGGGGCUGCAAGGGGGGCUGUGGCUCCUGUGGGGGCUGUGGCUCCUGUGGGGGCUGCGGCUCCUGUGGGGGCUCCAAGGGGGGCUGUGGCUCCUGCGGGGGCUGUGGCUCCUGUGGGGGCUGCGGCUCCUGUGGGGGCUCCAAGGGGGGCUGCGGCUCCUGUGGGGGCUCCAAGGGGGGCUGUGGCUCCUGUGGGGGCUCCAAGGGGGGCUGUGGCUCCUGUGGGGGCUCUAAGGGGGGCUGUGGCUCUUGUGGUUGCUCCCAGUCCAGUUGCUGUGUCCCUGUGUGCUGCUGCCAGUCCAGCUGCUGCAAGCCCUGCUGCUCCCAGUCCAUCUGCUGCAAGCCCUGCUGCUCUCAGUCCAGCUGCUGCAAGCCCUGCUGUUGCCAGUCCAUCUGCUGCAAGCCCUGCUGCUCCCAGUCCAGCUGCUGCAAGCCCUGCUGCUCCCAGUCCAGCUGCUGCAAGCCCUGCUGCUCCCAGUCCAGCUGCUGUGUCCCCAUUUGCUGCCAGUGCAAGAUCUGA